ACCGUGCCGCCACAAGUAUUCAAAAUUCAAAGCGGGAGCUCCAAAGCUUCGAGCAGCCCCUGCGCCCUUCGCGCCGCCCUGCUCCACACGCGCGCUCACCGUCGUCCUCCCUCCACUGUCCUCCGCGCACCUGCUGCGUCAAUCUCCAUCAGAUGGCGAGCGCCGCAGCUGCCGGCGCCGCCUCCUCUCAGCGGGUGCGUGUCGUGCUGCGGUUGCGCCCGUUCCUCCCGUCGGAGGCCAGCACGGCGGCGGCGCCGCCCUGCGUCACCGUCAUCGGCGGCCGCCCCGGCAGCGAGGUUACCGUCCAGCUCAAGGACCCGCGCACCAGCCGUAGCAAGUGCUACAAGCUGGACGCCUUCUUCGGCCAAGAGGAUCGGGCCAGCGACAUAUUUGACAAGGAGGUCAGCGCCGUGAUCCCGGGGAUCUUCGAGGGUGUCAACGCGACGGUCUUCGCCUGUGGUGCCACCGGCAGCGGCAAGACCUACACGAUGCAGGGAACGGAUGAUCUACCAGGGCUCAUCCCCUUGGCGGUGUCAACCAUCCUGAAGCUCAGCGCCAACACAUUGUGCUCCGUGGAGAUCUCUUACUAUGAGGUGUACAAGGGGCGGUGCUAUGACCUGCUUGAGCCCAAGGAUAAGGAGAUAAUGGCCUUAGAUGAUCAAGAUGGUAACCUGCAGCUGAAGGGCUUGGCUUGGGUCCCUGUGCGUUCCAUGGAGGAAUUUCUGCAAGUCUACUCGAAAGGUGUGGAGCGGAGGAAUGUGUCCCACACGGACCUCAACGACGUCUCGAGUAGGAGCCACGCUGUGCUCUCCAUCAGGGCCAGUAAUGAUGCUGUCACAGGGAAGCUUAACCUCAUUGACUUGGCUGGAAACGAGGACAAUAGCAAUGAAAGGAUACGUUCUUCGCUGUUUGCAUUGUCUAGUGUCAUUUCAGCUCUCAAGAAUAAUGAGCCAUGGAUACCUUAUAGAGACAGUAAAUUGACCCGCAUACUACAUGAUUCUCUAGGAGGCAAUAGCCGUGCUGUGAUGAUAGCUUGCCUUAAUCCCAUGGAAUACCAUGAGGCACUCUACACAGUAAAUCUGGCUGGUCGUUCAGGCCAUAUGAAACAAACGGCAUCUGCCAGGGUUUUUAGCAGGGCUAAAGUAAUGAACCAAUAUGACGAGAACAUAGAAAAGGUGCUAUUUGAUUCAGUAGAUCAUACUCCAGCAAAAAAUAUAACAAGAUUGAGCUCACAAGAUGCAGUGAAGGCAAUCAAGAAAGUGGUGCUCCCUUCAUCAUCUCCAUGCAAAGAGGACAAGUUUGACUCACUCCUUAGCAAAGCUAUUUCUCCCAUUUCUCCCAACAUGGUAAUUCUCAAACAGCAGACCGAUGAAGAUCUCGAUUGCCCCCCUUCACUGGAGCCCAAAACUCCAAUAGGAGCAUGUAACAUAGCUGGGGUGAUUUCAAGUGCUACACCUCUUGAUAAACUCAAUGCACACGGAUCUGACCUGAUGGAAUCUUAUAUUCAGCAAUACCUUGAGUUCUUAAAUCUUGCAAGCAAGGAAGAGCUGCAGGAAGUGAAAGGAAUUGGUGAAAAGAGAGCAGAGUACAUUCUUGAACUCCGGAAGGAUUCACCUAGACCAUUCAAAUCUCUUUUGGACAUGGAAAAUAUAGGUCUAUCAUCAAAACAAAUACAAGGCCUCAUGCUUAAAACAGCCACUGGAAUCUUCGAGCAAUCGCUCGAACGGAGUGUUGGACGACACGCUGGAGAUACCAGCCAGCACCGCCGCAGAAUCAACUAAUUUGUCUGUUCUAUUUUAUUUCGGCUUGAUGCGGUCUGUCACUCCAGCUACCUGAACUAGAGUGUGCACCACAUCGUGACUCACUGACGGUAGUGGUAGCUGUACUGUUGGAUUGUUGGCAUGUUGCUGGCGCUUUUGCUGCUUCACAUGGAGGAGGACGGAGCAAUGCAUUGCUCCUCUUAAUUGUAGAUUUUCUCUUCCAAUGUGUUACUUCACAUGAGCUGCUCUUAUGUGU